AUGCCAGCAAAGGCAGAAAAGAAGAAGCCAGAAACUAUGAGCUGCAGAUUCACUUCCUUAUGCGAGAAGAUCAGAUUGAUUGCUACUUUCAUUCGUGAUUUCGUGUUCGUCACCAUGCACACUCACAACUUUUUGAUACUACCACAUGUGCUCUUGAUAUUUUCAACAGCGGAUGCUUACUUUGGUUACGGUGUGGUCCGUUGCCUAUUUACUUCUAAAGAUGAUGUUGUUUAUCUGGCGCAAGUCUACUUGAAUAAGAUGCGUCUGGGCCAGUACAACAGCACUUUGGGGAAAUAUGUCGGCUACACAGAGAAAACUAAAGAAAUUGCAGACAAUCUCAAUAAAAACAAAGGUUUCCUGGAACACGAGAAAAAGAACAAAGAGAAGUGCAGAACCAACAUCCCACUCGUGUUGGACAUUCUUUCAAGACCAGUGAAGCCCAAUGUCAGGCUGAGGUUAGUUGAGUCAGCAGAAAGUGAACAUCCAGGCUUGUUCAUGUGCAGCGCGUACAACUUUUAUCCCAAACAAAUCAAACUGACGUGGCUGAGGGAUGGAAAGGAGGCAACAUCUAAUGUGACUUCCACUGAUGAACUACCCAACGGAAACUGGCUCUACCAGAUUCACUCCUACAUCGAGAUUUCAUCAAAACCUGGAGAGAAAAUCAGCUGCGUGGUGGAGCAUGCCAGCCUCACAGAGCCCAAGGUUUAUGACUGGGUGCCAAUAACUGAAGCAGGGAAGAAUAAGAUUGCUGUUGGUGCAGCAGGGCUGCUGCUGGGUUUGGUGUUUCCAAUUAUUGGAGUUAUUUUCUACAAGAGGAAGGCCACAGGCCUAUCUAACUGAAAUAAUGGGAAAAAUGAGGUUUAAGGUGGAUUAAAUGCCCUGCAACAGACUGG